AUGGACUUCCUCAAGAAGCUAGGGUCUGGCCUCGUCGAGGAGGCGACUGAGAAGCUGCAGACGACUCUGACAGAGGGUGCAAGUGAUGCCAUGUCCAGCCUCACCGGCUCGGUCACAAAAUCGCUCCUCGGCAAGGCUGCAGGCACCCUCAAGCCUCGGUCCCGCGCCGCAUUCUCUCAGCCGUCCGCGUGCCACAUUUUCCUCGUCCGUUCAGGCGCGGCAGAAAAUGUGAUGGAAUCUCUCUCGCCUCAAAUUGAUGAGGCCUUCAACGGUGCGCGAGACAACGCGAAGCAAGAGCUCGGUGCCAAGCUCGUUGGACACGCGGAGAAGGCUAUGGAGUCUCUCUCGUCAUCGCUCCUCGAGAAAGCGAAUGAGGCGAUGGAUGGCUCGGGCGGAUCCUCGUCGCGUGACGAGGGUGGCGGGCUGUUUUCCUCGUUGAGCACGGCCGCGAUGUCCCAGGCAAAGUCGGCACUCAAAGACGCCAUGUCGAGCCAGACCGAGGAGAUCAACACUUCUCUUCUAAACAAGGCAAAAGCGAUCGCAGAUGACGCCUUGGCAAAGCUAUCGCCGCAAAUCGAGAUGGCCUUCGACGAGGCCAGAGACGCAGCGAAGGCAUUGUUCUCGACAAAUCUGGUCGGCUCGGCCGAGGACACGAUGAAUUCGCUUUCGUCGAAUCUUGUGAGCUCCGUGACGGGAAAAAAACGAGCUCGCGACGACGACUAG